CAGUGAAAGCCCAUGCAAGCAACAAACAACCAAAUCCCAUUUCCCCUUCAACUUUUCCCCAAUCUUCUGUUUCUUGAUCUUGUUUUUUCUCCUCAAAUUCUUCAUCGAAUUGAAUCAAUCACGCUUCAAAAUCACCAAAAAUUUCCAGCUUCUUCUUCCAUUUUUGUUUUUGUUUAGGCAUUGGUAGAAGAAGAAGAGCAAAAAAUGUUGGUGGGAUCGAAAUCUUAGCUUCAGAGAUGGCUGGAAAUGGAUUUGUAAUCCCUGUGGAAUCUCAGGUUGGUUCGGUGAAGAAGAAGAAGAAGAAGCAGACGACGACGAAGAAGAAGAAGAAUACUGCAAUUUCCAGGAGCUGGGUUUCGUUGGACCGUGAAGGUAGAAGUACGAUUUUGGAUGUGGAUAAGUAUGCGAUUAUGCAAAGAGUUCAGAUCAAUGCGAGAGAUCUUCGGCUUCUCGAUCCUCUGUUGUCGUAUCCUUCCACUAUCCUGGGUAGAGAAAGAGUGAUUGUUCUCAAUUUGGAGCACAUCAAGUCAAUUAUCACUGCGGACGAGGUGUUACUUAGAGAUCCAAUGGAUGAAAAUGUAGUUCCAAUUGUUGAAGAACUGCAGAGACGGUUGCCUUCCACAAAUUCCCUAUACCAAGGACAAGGGGAAGAAGAAGAGCCUUCUACCACCCAAAAUGAGUUGGCUGAAAACGAAUUUCCAUUUGAAUUCCGUGCUUUAGAGGUGGCGCUUGAAGCAAUUUGUAGUUGUCUUGAUGCACGCACAAGGGAAUUAGAGACUGAUACAUAUCCUGCUUUAGAUGAGCUGACCUCCAAGAUUAGCAGUCUUAACUUGGACCGAGUGCGCAAACUGAAGAGUGCAAUGACAAGGCUGACAAAUCGGGUGCAAAAGGUUAGGGAUGAACUUGAACAACUUCUGGAUGAUGACGAUGACAUGGCAGAACUUUACUUGUCACGGAAAGUAGCUGGCACCCCUGAAAGUGGCUCCGGGACUCCAAUUUGGUUUCUUGCUUCUCCUAAGGACUAUUCAAAGAUGUCUAAAACAAGUAGAGCAAGUGCGAUUACCACUCGAGGAGAGAAUGAUGUUGAGGAACUAGAAAUGCUACUCGAGGCCUACUUUAUGCAAAUUGAAAGUACAUUAAACAAAUUAAUCACGUUGCGGGAGUAUAUCGAUGACACAGAGGAUUACAUCAAUAUUCAGCUUGACAAUCACAGGAAUCAACUGAUUCAGCUAGAACUCUUUUUGAGCUCUGGGACUGUUUGUUUAUCUAUUUAUUCUUUAGUGACUGCAAUAUUUGGAAUGAAUAUCCCAUAUACCUGGAAGGAAGAUCAUGAACAUGUAUUCAAAUGGGUGGUCAUCCUGACAGGAAUUGUUUGUGCAACCAUUUAUGUGUCCCUAAGCUCGUAUGCGCGAUACAAAGGUCUCGUUGGAUCUUGAACGUUACACUUGUAAAAUGUUUCCACGGUUUCGAGAAAUUAUUAUUAACUCGAACCGAAAUGAUUCUUGAAGUCUGUCGGGAAGGACAAACAUAAGGAAGGUAAUGUCAAGUUAUGGUUGAAUCAAGUGAUCUUCUAGACAUGGAGUGUCUUUUUUGACGGCUUAUCAUUUUUUUCCUCUAUGGUUUUAUAAGUUAAUUAGGGAAAAGGGGUGGUUUUCAAACUAUUUAGGAAAAAUGGGUCGAAAUUUUAUCUUUAUUGGAAUGCGUCGGUUGAACGGACGCAUUUUAGAAUAUUUUAAUAAUAUGUUGACCAGACGCAUUCAGUUAAUUAAAUAAAAAAAAGUUAAUUAGACAAUGUCAA